AUGGCAGAUGUUCUGAGAACCUUGAUUACCUGUAAGGUACCUAUAGAGGACGCCCUACUUCAUGCCAUCGAAUCCCGCAACGUCGAGGUUGUCAUGGAGAUCAUUGUUCUGCCGGACGAUGUAUCAAUGCAUAACUAUAUAGCUGACAGUAAAGGGAGUGACCUGAUUAAUAGAUUUGCGGUGACGAAUAAUUUCCCACCUUGUACUACUCCCCUCAUCUUAGCUUCUAGAAUAGAUGACUUGACCAUUGUUCAGUUGCUCCUUGACAAUGGGGCGACUAUGCCGACGGAAGAGGAGACCCUCGCACGCGUCAGAGACGACUCACUAGAGCGCGCCCUCGCUCGUCUGCAGUGGUACCAAUCCAUGACAAGCAACUCGUACAUCCUGUUGACCGCCGACGACGCCAUCGAAACGGCGCUGUCUUGGGGCGAGCGGCUGAAGGAGGAGACCCGGCACGAGCGACAGGUGUUCUCUUCAUGCUAUGACGUCAUACACAAGCGGCUGGAACUGCUGCUCACUCGGCUGCUCGACUGCGCAACGUGCAAGGAUGAAAUAUGGGAGGCCCUCAACGAGAGAGCCGAGACAGAUGGAUCUCGACGGAGUGUGUCGAGAAGGGGGUUACCCACGGAUCCAAUGGGACGUUUAAAGCGAGUUGUCCGAUUGGAGUAUCAAACAUUUGUAUCUCACAGCUACUGCCAGGAGUAUAUGUUGCAAUGGUGGUAUGCCGACUGCCCUAUCCCAUGGGGAUACUUCGGAGAGAUUUCACGUAUCUUUCUCGUGAUCCUCAUUGUCUUCUUAUUUCCCUUCAUCGGUAUUCUGAAUAUCAUCCUCCCAGAGAAUGUACGUUGUGUACGAUGGUUUGACAAGCUGAUGGCUACUCCAUUUGUACAGCACAUCCUCCAGACGUGUUCACACAUCUUCUUUCUUUACGCGCUCCUAUCCAUGACUAUGGGUAUCAGUAUUUCCCUCGUCGAGUGCCCAGACUUCAUCCGCUUUCGUCAUGACCCGACAGGAUACCUAUGCACCAAAUAUACCUACACAACCUUUCCGUUGGGGUCGCGCUUCAUAAUUGUACUAUUAUGGGUAAUAGGGAUGAGUUGGCGUCAUGUGACCCUAGUCUACGCUCAAGGCUUGAAGACAUAUCUCUCAGUGUACUGGCAUAUAGCUGAUUUCGCAACAAUUGCCCUUCACUGGGCUUAUAUAGCUCUAGCAAUCACGAUCAGUAAGAUUGGAGUAAACGACGUAAUGUACCAAAACGACACUGUGGCGCUAUCUUCACAUUCAUUUUUCAAUCUCGAUAAGGCAUUCCACUUCCAUUUUGACAAGUACGAAGUAUCGAGGCAUGGAUGGCAUACUUUCGACCCCCAGCUCGUCGCAGAGGUCUGCUUUUCAGUGGCAAACGUCUUGUCGUGUAUGCGUCUACUUCAUGCGACUAUCUCCUUCCAAUUUGUGGGCCCUCUUCAGAUAUCGUUUGGCGCCAUUUUAUCGGAUAUUGGGCGUUUCUUCUGUCUCCUGAUCUUCGUGCUAGUCGCCUUUGGUCUCGGCUUCACUCAGCUCUAUGCGACCUAUAACACGGAAAAUGAUGUCGUCUGCCAGGCGGACCCGACGUCGGAUGCCUGUACGAGGGUUUCUUUUGAAAAUAUCUUCAAGUCGGUCGUAACUCUGUUCUGGGCGAUUUACGGCGAGACGACCACGAGCUCCCUGAAACUCUCAGACAACCUAUGGUUCACCCAGAUGGUGGGAAUCUUCCUCUACGGCAUCUACGUCACCCUCGUCGUCACCAUCAUGCUCAACGCCCUGAUCGCCAUGCUCAGCAAUACCUACUCUCGCGUCGAGGAGAACGCGAGGAAGGAGUGGCAUUUUGCCCGGACACGGAUGAUGCUAGAGUAUGACAAUCAAGCGGGAAGUUUGCCCCCACCCUUUAAUAUCAUCCCGAGGGUGGGGUAUUGGGUUCAGACGGCAUGUAGAGUUCUCAAAGGAAUCACCAUUGCCAUAAUCAGAUGCAAGACAAGUGAUGUGGUACUAAUCAGGAUGCGGAAGGCAAGCGAAGCAGCUGGUACGGAAAGGGAGCCUAAACUACGGUUUGGUCAUGAUCGUCAUCUCAAACACACAGUCUACAACAAAAGAAUUGGAGGCAAGAUCUUGGCGAAUCGUCUGUUGCAGUGCAUGCAGUGUGAUCCCGAAAAUAGCCACAACCUUAUUUAUUACUGACAAAAACGAGAUAUUCAUACAAAGUAACAAUCCACUGAAAAUAACACCACACUUGUUUUCUCGGGUAUUGAUAUCAUGAAGAACUCGGUAAGAACUGAGGAGUUCACACCAGCACCAGUUGGGGGUCUCUACAGGACAGCAAUGGCUGUUGAAUUAACACUGUAAAUUUAAUACCAAAGAAACAGUAGUAUGGUCAUCCAAUGUACAACGGUUAACACCUGGUAAACACCAGGAAUUAAAUUCAUCCUGGGCUUAGUUCAAUUAAUUAUAAAGCUAACCAUUCACAAAUCUUUUUGUGCUUGAACUGCCAAAUAUUUCUUUUUCCAAAAUAGAAAAAUGGUUCAACAGAAUCGGAGAAUUGUGAGAGAACUAAGAAAAGUGUAAUAAUAGAGAGAGAGAAAUGAUGUAUACGAUUUUUGAAAAUUGAAAUGGCAAAUAUCUAUCAUAACUAUAUUAUCAUGAUUUUGAUAAGCUAGACAUUAUGAAACACGGGUAUGUAUAUACGUGCAUGGACUGCAAAAAAUGAAAACAAUUAUAUAGUAUUUUAUUGUGAUUGACUGCGAAUCAAAUAUAGAGUGCAAUGCUCCAUAUUACAAAUGGUGUUUCAGAAUGUAUAUUAUAAGGAAUGGUAGAUUAAAUUGAAGAAAUUUUCACUUGAGUUGUGGUAUGUCAUUAUUCAAAUCACGAAUGGUUAUUAAUCUGAUUCGGCACAACGUCUCGGAAAAUACAGCUUUUAUUAAUACAGUUUUCAUUACUUUUGUUACCUAUAUAAUUAUGUCUUUUUUUCUUUUCUUAGAAAGGAUGUGAAUUAACAUAAUUACAGCUCAGUUUACGGGAAAAUUGACACAAAUUGAAGAAAUAGGCGACAACAAGAAUACAUUGAAAGUGUAUAUAUUUUAAUGAUAAUUAAUACGAAAUCGGUUUAGCAAAUAGACCAAUAUUAGAUUUAGAUUUAACAUUGUGGAUUUAAAAACAAACCUCAAAGAUUUAAAUUUAAAUCUUUUGAAAUUUUGAAAUUAAUCUUUAAGAUUUAAAAUAAAUCCAAUAUUCGGAUGGUCAUUAUUCACAGCCGAUCUGGUUUUAUUUUAAAUCCUUGAAAUUAACAGUGAAUAUUUUCACUAAUUGUCGGAGUUGACAACUUUUAUGAAAUUUUCUCGAGGCUUAAAAGAACUAUUUGUCCAGAUGAUAUCGAACAAUUUUCGCUUAUUCACAGUAAACCUAUUGGCUAUUGCACUUUCUUUUUUCCCUAUUCAAAUAAAUGUAUGAAGUUGUGUCAACGUCAAUAUGACGUAUCAUUGACUACAAUAAUAUACCAAGGCGUAAUAUGAUAUUGUUCAAAUCGGUCACACUCGGGGGAGAUGCCAUAAUAUACUCGUCCGUUAUAUGGACCCUUAAACGGUUCCCGAGAAGGCUCUAAUUUACCUUAAACAGCUACUUUGGAACACUAAAUGUUUUAGGUUCUUCUCAACUGAAUAUGGAUAUUUAUAUAAUUACCCGGGCAAGAGCUCUCAUUUUUGCACUUUUAAUUUCUUCUCUCCCUAUUUUCUCCCUUUUUGUAUGCUUGAGAAAAACAUACAGAAAGUUGUCCUGCCCGCUGGGGUCGCCCUGCUAUAAACAUAGAGUGUUAAUUGUUUCGGUGAACAGGGGUGGGGGGGGGGGGGGUGUGAAAUCAAACAGCAGUUAUUGUUACAUGUAAGCCCUAGUGAUUUGUUUUUUAUUUUGCUUUUUUUAGUACGAAAAAAGCUUGGAUGUUUCUUAAUAUUCUUUAUAACACAUAGCAAAUCAACUGCCUUCGUUAUUCAUUUUUAUUUUUUUUAAAUGUCCUGUCACACACCAUACAUACAUACAUUCUCACCAAAAAUAAGGAGCCCUUUUGAAGGACAUAAUGAAACAAACAUUAAAGUAACACAAUAUUUGGCAAAGGGAAUUGAGUUGUAGAUACAGUAAUAGCAAAGACUAAUGGGGAGAUAAAGCCGAUGCUACGUCUUUUCUAACCUCCACAUAUCAAAACUUUGCACAAUAACACAAAAAAUAAUCAUGAUGUCAACAUUAGAUAUUCUAAUAUUUAAAGCAAGUUUCAAGUUUGGCACACACGAAAAAAGGAAAGUUAAAUUUGUGAAUCAUUUAAUAACUCACAAUCAUAACCCAGAUUAAUAAAUGCCUACGAUACACUUUUAUCUCUGUGGAAAUAUCGCUAGAAUGGAGGCAUGAUUUUAAAAAAUCUGAUUUUCUCUUAUAUUCAACUAGUUUGGCCCUAAAUAACAGCUGCAAAUCGAGUUUUUUUUUUUUGUCUUAGGAUAAUAUUGAAAUAAGAACAUAGUCCACUUUCCACUUAAACAUACCCAAGAUGUAGUGCUUGAAUCAUAUUUCAAAUGGAACUAUUUUAAUGUUAGUUUGAUGAUUUUGAUCCCUUUUUGAAAUACGGAAAGGAAAUUAUUUUUCCUGUUUCUCUAACAUCAUUAUAAUCAUCUCGACAAAUCCGUGGCGUGGGUAUGUAAUUUAAGUGGCAAAUCAAUUACCAGUAACGCAUUACAUUUUGCUUUUUAUAUAUUCAUGCAUCACUUUUUAUUGCACUAUUGUAUAAUGAACUAAGAGAAUAUUUCCAUUCAGGUCGGAAAUUAAUAAAUUUUGACUAAACUU